GGACCGCGCUGCGGCGCCUGCGCCACGCGCCUGAACGGGAAGACCGCGAUAGUGACGGGGGCCAACACAGGGAUCGGGAAGUUCAUCGCCCUGGACUUGGCCCGACGUGGAGCUCGAGUCAUCCUGGCCUGCAGGAGCGAGUCUCGGGGACAGGCGGCGGUGGACCAGAUUCGAGGGCAAAGCGGGAACCAGAACGUGCACCUCCGUCUGGUGGACUUGUCUCUUCUGGAGUCGGUCAGAGCAUUUGUUGAGAGGAUUCUAGGGGAGGAGAAAGCUCUCCACAUCCUGGUGAACAACGCGGCAGUGUUAAGAGUCGUGAGCAUAUGA